AGGGUGGAGAAAUAAUAAAAAAAAUCACUAAACAUCGCCGUCACCGUCAUGAUCAGUGCCCUGGCUGGGUUCUCAGUGGCGAGUUUACUGACCUUCGGUUACUUGUCCUGGGACUGGCUCGAACCUGAACUGCGAGCCCCCGGUGUGCAGGAUCCCGGCAGCCAGAGCGCCUCCAGACCGCACAUCAUCUUCAUCCUCGCCGACGACCAAGGCUUCCACGAUGUGGGCUAUCACGGCUCGGAAAUCCACACCCCGACCCUGGACAGGCUUGCUGCACAAGGGGUUAAGUUGGAGAACUACUACAUCCAGCCCAUCUGCACCCCGUCCAGGAGCCAACUCAUGACGGGCCGGUUAAGUGCAAAGGCCAGCAUUCAAUUGACCUUUGUGUAUAUGUACCAGAUCCACACAGGACUUCAGCAUUCCAUCAUAAGAGCUGGGCAACCUAAUUGUAUACCCCUUGCUAAUAUAACACUACCUCAAAAACUUCAAGAAGCUGGCUACUCAACACAUAUGAUUGGAAAAUGGCAUCUAGGCUUUUAUAAGAAGGAGUGUCUUCCAACACGAAAAGGAUUUGAUACAUUUUUUGGAUCACUUACUGGUAGUGGUGAUUAUUACACCCACGAUAUCUGCGAUGGACCCAAGAGUUGUGGCUAUGACUUGCAUAAGGAUGAAAAUGUAGCUUGGGAGUACCGAGCUCAUUCUUAUUCAACCUUCUUGUACACCCAAAAAGCAAUCGAUAUUUUAGCAUUGCACAACCCUAAGGAGCCAAUCUUUCUCUACAUAGCUUUCCAAGCUGUGCACACACCUCUGCAGGUACCCAAAAAGUACUUGGGCCGGUACAUGUCAAUUGAGAACAUAGGCCGGCGGAGAUAUGCUGCUAUGGUUACCUGUUUGGAUGAAGCAGUGAAUAACAUUACAAAGGCAUUAAAGAAAUACGGUUACUACAACAAUACUGUGAUAAUCUAUUCCUCAGACAAUGGAGGCCAACCAUUAGCUGGAGGGAGCAACUGGCCGCUUCGUGGGCGGAAAGGAACUUACUGGGAAGGAGGAAUUCGUGGUAUUGGCUUUGUACAUAGUCCUCUAAUAAAAAACAAAGGAAGUGUGAGUCAAGGAUUGAUGCACAUCACAGACUGGUACCCGACUCUAGUGACACUGGCAGAGGGAGAACUUGAGGAGAAUUUGGGACUUGAUGGAUAUGAUGUCUGGGAAACAAUCAGUGAAGGUAAACCUUCUCCACGGACUGAUAUACUGCAUAACAUUGAUCCUCUUUACACACGCGUUAAAACCAGAUCACCUCAUGAUGGAUUUGGAAUUUGGGACACAGCUGUCCAGGCAGCAAUCCGAGUCAGAGAUUGGAAGCUACUCACUGGAAACCCGGGCUUCAGUGACUGGAUCCCCCCUCAAACCUUCCCAAAUUUUGGUGGGAAGUGGUGGAAUCUUGAAAGAAUAGUAUGGGCCAAAGGAAAAUCGGUUUGGCUGUUUAACAUAACAGCUGAUCCAUAUGAAAGAGUUGAUCUUUCUCAGCAGUAUCCUGAGGUUGUCAAGAGGUUGCUCUUGAGACUUGCUCAGUACAACAAAACUGCCGUUCCCGUCAAGUACCCACCAAAGGAUCCAAGAAGCAAUCCUGACCUGAAUGGUGGUGCUUGGGUGCCAUGGGAUAAUGGAGAUGAUGAGGAAAAGAACCAAAUUAAUAGCAACUCGGGAGAAAGGCCCUGCAACAUCUGUAACACCAUAUUACGAUUCAAAAAACCUGUUUGGGGUUAGUGCUCACUUUCAAGAUUUAAGUUAAAUGAAAGAAAAAUGUCUAAUCAGUGCUAUGAUAGCACUUUACACUUUAAAAAUGGUGCUAGCAUUAGGUAUUUCUGAUAUAUCAGCAACAGCUUAAUGUACAGUCUGGGAGGGUAUUUUAUCUUCCCUGUGGCCCACACAGGACCAACAGAAGAUUAAUGAGGGCGGCUGAAGAGUUGGACAGGGCCUCCCUCCCUCUGCACUUCACUCACCAGUAUAGUGAGAUAUAGAGUGAAAGGUGUAAAUAUGUUUUUUUACAGAAUGCAUAGAUUUGUAUCAGCGGAAAUCCAAGACACCCCUUUCUUCUCAGGUGUACUGAAAAAUAUAUUUUUUGCUCUCAUUUGGGCCAAGUUUGGGAACACAUGUUUGUAAAGAUAAUGUUUAUAUCAGAUUUUUAAUUGAAUUUCUACACAAAAUAAAAAGUACAAGUGUCUUUCAGCCUUGGA